UUUAGUGUUUUACCUCUCUAGUUGAGAUGAUAUGUGCAUUUUUGAGGCGAAACUGACCGGCUGUGAAGUAGUUGGAGUGGUCAGGACUAAUUGGCUCAAAGACCCCUCUCUAUUUCUCUCUCUGCCUGUGUCUCUCUCCUUAAACAAGAGCUCCAGAAUUCUACCCAGACGUGAGGCCGGAGGAGUGCCAUGUCGAAUACGUGUUCCAGUACUCUGGAGCUGCUGGCUAUGAUUGUGGGGGUGGGGGCAUCGCUUUGCUCACUUGCUGCUACACUCAUGCCCAGUUGGCUGAGCCUCUCCACUGAGCUGCUGAUUGUGGAGAGCUAUGAGCGUGGCCUUUGGGAGUCUUGUGUGGUGCAGGAGGUGGCAGGUACUGAGUGCCGUGCCUUUGAAACCAUUUUGGGUCUGUCGCAAAACAUCACACUGGCGCGAAUUUUCAUGUGCAUGUCAGACGCUAUAGGACUCCUGGGCCUCCUGAUUGCUGUCCCCGGUCUGAGACUGGUUAAAAGUUGUGGGGGGUCGCAGGGACGGCGAGUGAAGAAUGGCCUCAAGAUCACGGCAGGGGUGUUUGCCCUGACGGCUGGCAUCCUUGUCCUCUAUCCUGUCUCCAGUAUCGCCCAUGAGACAGUUUUGAAGUUCCAUGACCACACCGUGCCUCAUACUGUGCCUCGCUGGGAGUUUGGUGAUGCAUUGUUCGUCGGCUGGGCUGCAGGUUUGUUUCAGGUUGUCUCUGCAGUGUUGUUCUUCACCUCCUGUUGUGGAUUAGAAGAGAACGAGAUGCACUUUGUAUACCAGCACCAGGAAAAGCUCGAGCCUGUCAACAGCCUGUCCAAAAAGCGUGUUGAGUAUGUUUAACACGAGCCAAGAAAUAUUCUGUGUCAAGAAAUAUUCUCUAAUGUGGCAGAACCGUUAAACUGAUGAAAUUUCCCUUAUAAUGUACACUGCUUUCACUUAUAUUUGGUUCAGCAGGUAACCUGUUUGAUUAAAUCUGUUGCUAUGUAAUAUUUUUCACUGCACUCAUAUUAGUAUUAGUUUUUUUUUUUUUUUUAUUACUGUUAUUAUUAUUAGCUGGUUUAAAUCCAUGCCCUUAAACUGCUUAAAUAUAUGCAUUUAUGUUUUUUCUCAAGAGAUAUUUUCUGAUUUUGAUUUUCUGCUUGAUUUAGCAGUUCAUAGUGUGCAACAGUGCAUCUAAUAAAAUUUUGGUGAUAUAUUAAAAAUGUACAAUAUUAUAGUUUGAUAUUAACACUGACAUAUUUUUUGAGUGUAUUUCUGUAGAUACUGUCAUAUACCUAGAUAUUAUACUUUUUUAUUAGUCUACAAUAAUAAUAAAAUAAAUAGGCAGGAAAACUGAUUUUAAAAACCUCUUCAUGUUAAUUACGAAUGCCGCUAUUGUUAAUAAGUGACUGGGAGAAAAAAAUGGCAAACAUUUCACAAUAAACCACAUGAAAAUGGGUCACUAAAUGUCAGAUUUGGGCUAAAUGCAUGCACAUCACUUAGCAAACUUGAUACAGUGAAAUCCCUACUGUGGAUUUAGGACUUUCAGAGUUUAAUAGAAUCCAGUUGGACACUGGGGAAUUUGCUGUGUACUUGUAGUACUUUGGAAUAAGGUUACGGUUGUGCUUGAGUUUAAUUGCAACUGAUGGUCUCUCUGUACUGUAUCAACAAGUAGAUUAAGCUGUGUUUAAUGAAGCCUCUAACGAACAGCAUGUUCUAAUGAGGAAUGCCGAACAGAACCACCUUGCUGCCUCCUUUUUAUGUUGAUUACUCUGAUAUGACCUGGUUAAGAAUUCAACUGCCCAGUUUAUCCUGGAAGAAGAGAAAACUACAAGAGAAACUGAAUGACUUGGCAAAGAAACAUCUGGCUCAUAAAAUAAUAAUCACUUUUUCAGCCCAUUUUCUUUACUAAGCUUUGAAAUAACUGUAUUGUUAAAUGUGAGAUUGAGAACGGUGGCUAAAUAGCGGUACAAUGAUGUACAAGAAAUGACUUAAUACUAGUAAUACUAGUUUGAUUUUCACAGCACACAUAAAUUCUAUAUUUUGCAUUACCCAUACUGAAAAAAUGAAGGAAACAUCUGUCUCAAUAAUCACUGUAUUAAAACACCUAUCUACUCACUGCUAGUGUGUUAUUAUACAUGUUUUUGCCCAAUAAAUCUUUUGUUUCUUGUACAAAUAAACAGCACCA